AUGGGGAAUAGCGAAUCUAUAGCUGGUGGUGAGACAGCACCUCCUGCUAAAGAGACCUGUGUGUGGUACAGAAAACUUAAAAUGCAAUAUCCAUCCGGUCUGCAAACACUGUGUGAGUUUAAGACAUGCUUGCGUCUGCAAGGUCUGAAUCAAAAAGCCAGUCAACAUGUUGAUCAAAUCUGUAAUACCGUUGACAAGAACAAAGAUGGAUUUAUUGCUGCUGUAAAUCUAGUAGUACAAGGAAAAAUGAAACAAAAAUUAGAAUGGUAUUUUAAGCUGUAUGAUGCAGAUGGAAAUGGUUCUAUUGACAAAAGGGAACUACUGAACAUCUUCGUGGCACUACAAGCCCUCAAUGGCCAGCAAACUCUGAAUCCUGAAGAAUUUACCAACUUGGUGUUCCAUAAGAUUGAUACAAACGAUGACGGAGAACUGAAUUUAGAAGAAUUUAUCAAUGGCAUGGAAAAAGAACAGCAUCUUCUGGAGGUUGUUUCCAAGAGUUUUGACCUUUCCAAUGUACUGAAAGUAACCUGUGAUGGGAAACAGCCUGACAGACACAGGAGAGAGGCUUCUUCCAAACCAUCUGACAAGGCUUGUCUAGGGAAGGUGAAAGUGAAGUGGCUAUGGGAACGCCUUAGCCAGCUUUCAGUGGAUACAAAACUUUCAGUGGAGAAGAAAUGUGAUUUUCUGGAUCCCAUCGGCGGGGAAGGGAAGAGUUCUCGUGAGGCUGGCCCAGCUGUGCGGCUCACGCUUCAGGUCUCAGUGUGGGAGCGGCAUCUCUGCACGCAGCCCGCUGCCGCCAUCUUGAAUUCUGCCCUCGCCCGCGGAGCUGAGGUGUCAGGAGCAGCCAUUUUGGACGAGGAACUCUGGUCUGAAGGGCAAGGUGCAAGGCCUCUGCUCGUGGAACCCUAUGUGCAAGUGAAACUAGACUAG